ACACACUAUAUAAGGUGUCCCACACCCUCAGCGGCUCAUCUUUCUCUGUGAAGAAAGGGUGCGCAUUACACACCCCCAACCUUCCUUCUUCUCUAUAUUCCCCUUUUCUCCAUUUCUUCUCCUUUUCUCCUUUUUCCUUUCUUUAUCACAUUUAUAGCCUGAGAGUUGGGCUUUUCGUAAUAUCAGCUCCAAAGUCGUUUAUUUUGCAGGCUGUUUAGUCACUUAGAGUUGCUUCUUGUUGGUGGGAAUCAUGACUGGGGCUCUAAUUCAGGCAGCAAUCCCCCCUGUUGUUGUCGUGAGUGAGAAUCAUGGACGACUUCGAGGCUCUGGAAGAACCGGAAAGACUGCCAGAAUGAUGUGCAAUGUGAGAGUACGCACCCCAAGUGUGAGAGGUUUCAGUGGACUGAGGGGAUCAAAUGCUUUGGAUAUGAUGCAAAGAUCAGGCCGAGAUUUUAAUACUGCAGUUGCAGCUGCUAUCUCUGUCCCACGGGGAAAGGCUAGCCGAGGAGUAGCUGUGGCUAUGUUUGAGCGCUUCACAGAGAAGGCCAUAAAAGUUAUUAUGCUUGCACAAGAAGAGGCCAGACGGCUAGGGCACAAUUUUGUUGGCACAGAACAGAUCCUGUUAGGCCUUAUAGGUGAAGGGACUGGUAUUGCUGCUAAAGUUCUGAAAUCCAUGGGAAUUAAUCUCAAGGAUGCCCGGGUGGAAGUGGAGAAGAUUAUUGGUAGGGGCAGUGGAUUUGUUGCUGUGGAGAUACCAUUUACACCUCGUGCAAAGCGUGUUUUGGAACUUUCUCUAGAAGAAGCCCGUCAACUUGGUCAUAAUUAUAUAGGAUCUGAGCACUUGCUCCUUGGCCUGCUUCGUGAAGGUGAAGGUGUAGCGGCCAGAGUCCUAGAUAACCUUGGAGCUGACCCUGCUAACAUUCGUACACAGGUCAUUCGCAUGGUGGGUGAAAGUACAGAAGCUGUCGGUGCUGGGGUUGGUGGUGGAAGCAGCGGCAAUAAGAUGCCGACGCUUGAGGAGUACGGCACCAAUCUGACAAAGCUGGCGGAGGAGGGUAAAUUAGAUCCUGUUGUUGGAAGGCAACAACAAAUAGAGCGGGUGACCCAAAUUUUGGGCAGGCGGACAAAGAACAACCCUUGCCUUAUUGGAGAGCCUGGUGUCGGGAAGACAGCUAUUGCAGAAGGGCUAGCUCAACGCAUUGCUAAUGGGGAUGUACCAGAGACUAUUGAAGGAAAGAAGGUGAUUACCCUGGAUAUGGGGCUUCUUGUUGCUGGUACAAAAUAUCGCGGAGAGUUUGAGGAGAGAUUAAAGAAGCUGAUGGAGGAAAUCAAACAAAGUGAUGAGAUAAUACUAUUUAUUGAUGAGGUACAUACUCUGAUUGGAGCAGGAGCAGCUGAGGGUGCAAUUGAUGCUGCAAACAUCUUGAAACCAGCUCUCGCAAGAGGUGAACUGCAGUGUAUCGGUGCAACGACACUUGAUGAAUACCGGAAGCACAUUGAGAAAGAUCCAGCUCUGGAACGGCGAUUCCAGCCAGUAAAAGUGCCUGAACCAUCUGUGGAUGAGACAAUACAGAUUCUGAAGGGGCUACGAGAAAGAUAUGAACUUCACCACAAACUCCGUUACACAGAUGAGGCUCUAGUUGCUGCUGCACAGUUGUCAUAUCAAUACAUAAGUGACCGCUUCCUCCCCGAUAAAGCAAUUGACUUGGUUGAUGAGGCUGGUUCUCGUGUUCGGCUUCGUCAUGCACAGCUCCCUGAGGAUGCUAGAGAGCUUGACAAAGAGCUCAGACAGAUUACCAAGGAGAAAAAUGAAGCUGUCCGCAGUCAAGACUUUGAAAAGGCUGGGGAACUGCGGGACCGGGAAAUGGAACUGAAGGCCCAGAUCUCAGCCUUAAUUGACAAAGGCAAAGAGAAGAGUAAAGCAGAGAGUGAGGCAGGUGAUGCAAGCCCAAUUGUGACAGAAGUGGAUAUCCAGCAUAUUGUCUCUUCUUGGACUGGAAUCCCCGUCGAGAAAGUCUCAAGCGAUGAGUCGGACCGCCUCCUCAAAAUGGAAGAGACUCUCCACAAGCGAAUCAUCGGCCAGGACGAAGCUGUCAAAGCCAUCAGCCGUGCCAUCCGCCGCGCCCGUGUUGGCCUCAAGAACCCCAACCGCCCAAUUGCCAGCUUUAUCUUUUCUGGCCCGACUGGUGUUGGAAAAUCGGAAUUGGCAAAGGCGCUGGCUGCUUAUUAUUUUGGCUCUGAGGAAGCUAUGAUCCGUCUCGACAUGAGUGAGUUCAUGGAGAGGCACACAGUCUCGAAGCUCAUUGGUUCACCACCUGGCUAUGUUGGGUACACAGAAGGUGGACAGCUGACUGAGGCUGUUCGCCGCCGUCCCUACACUGUUGUGCUCUUUGAUGAGAUCGAGAAGGCCCACCCUGAUGUUUUCAACAUGAUGCUCCAGAUUUUGGAAGAUGGGAGGCUGACGGACAGCAAGGGCCGCACUGUGGAUUUUAAGAACACCCUCUUGAUCAUGACAUCCAACGUCGGAAGCAGUGUGAUAGAAAAGGGUGGCCGUCGGAUUGGAUUCGACCUUGACUAUGAUGAGAAGGACAGCAGUUAUAACCGGAUAAAGAGCCUGGUAACUGAGGAGCUGAAGCAGUACUUCCGACCAGAGUUCCUGAACAGGCUGGACGAGAUGAUCGUCUUCCGGCAGCUGACGAAGCUUGAGGUGAAGGAGAUUGCAGAUAUCAUGCUAAAGGAGGUGUUUGUGAGGCUGAAGGCAAAGGAUAUCGAGCUUCAGGUGACGGAGAGAUUCAGGGACCGGGUUGUCGAUGAAGGUUACAGCCCGAGUUAUGGGGCGCGUCCGCUUAGGAGGGCAAUCAUGAGGCUUCUGGAGGACAGCUUGGCAGAGAAGAUGCUCGCAGGGGAGAUCAAAGAGGGGGAUUCUGCGAUUGUGGACGUUGAUGCGGAUGGGAAUGUGACUGUGCUCAAUGGCAGCAGCGGCAUCCCAGAGCCAGAGCCAUUGCCACCAGCCAUCCCUGUCUAAUCUCUUGAGUGUGUUGUAUGUAAUCGAAUGUUGGGAUAGAUUGCAGUUGUAGUCUUUGUUGCAGUAUGACGAUAAUGUGGUAGUUAGGAAACAGUGAAAAGGUAAGAAUGUUGGCAGAUUAGUCCCUUCCGUUUAAUUCAUUUUCUUAAACGUGUCUACUGAGGAAAGAUUAUUCAUCCUCUUUUUUGGGAAUAACAGACUCCAAGUAGAUGGACUUCCACUGUAUAAUUGAAAAUGACAGAAAGUGAAGAGCAUCAUCAUCA